UUUUUUACUUGCCAGUUGCCGCAUCCGUCGUGUUUUUUUCAUGACAAGCUAUUUACUUAUUCAGAUUUCCAAUCGUUUUACGUUUUUUCCGGUGUUGUAAAAUCUUGACUCUAGUAGUCUGGUAUAAUACAAAUGCACAAAACUAAUGGAAUUUUAAUUUAAACUUCUAUCUGUUCGUAUGCGAUUAAUAUUCGCAUUGUGAUACUCUUGUCUUGUCGAUUUUAUUGGCGUUACGAUUGACUACAAAAUCAUGGCUAACGUGUCGUACCAAAUCGCACAUUUGCUCGAGAAGAUGACUUCGAGUGAUAAAGACUUCAGGUUUAUGGCUACCAACGAUUUGAUGUCUGAGUUGCAGAAAGACAGCAUCAAACUAGACGAUGAUUCCGAACGAAAAGUAGUGAGAAUGUUGCUAAGGUUGUUGGAAGAUAAAAAUGGUGAAGUUCAAAAUCUUGCAGUUAAAUGUUUGGGUCCACUUGUUAAUAAAGUAAAAGAAAACCAAGUUGAGACUAUUGUUGAUGCACUUUGUACUAAUAUGAUAUCUGAAAAUGAACAAUUGAGAGACAUUUGCAGUAUUGGAUUAAAGACUGUUAUAAGCGAGCUGCCAAUCACUAAUAAUUUAUUAGCUGCAAAUGUGUGCCGGAGAAUUACUGGAAAAUUGACAAGUGCUAUUGAGAAGCAAGAUGUAUCUGUACAAUUGGAAGCUUUAGACAUACUUGCCGAUUUACUCUCAAGAUUUGGAUCAUUGUUAUUAGAUUUUCAUAGUUGCAUACUAAAAUCAUUAUUGCCUCAGUUAAACUCUUCUCGUCAAGCAGUAAGAAAAAGGACUAUUGUUGCUCUUGGUCAUUUAGUAUUGUCAUGUAAUCAAGUAUUAUAUAUUAAACUUAUUGAUUACUUGGUUAAUGAUUUAUCAGCUCAACAACCAGCUGCAAGAUCUAAAACAUCCAUACAAUGUAUAGCAGCUAUAUGUCGUCAAGCUGGCCAUCGUUUUGGUGUUCAUGUCGACCGUGUUGUACCAUUAAUACAAGGGCCAUUAGUGGAAAAUUCUACAGAAGAUGAUGAAUUACGCGAAUAUUGUUUGCAAGCCUUUGACGCUUUUGUUAAUCGUUGUCCCAGUGAAACUGCAGCUUAUACUAAUGACAUAAUUAAGUUAUGCUUAGAAUAUUUGGCAUAUGAUCCAAAUUAUAAUUAUGAUGAUAAUGGUGAAAAUGGUGAUGAUAAUUUAAUGGAUACUAAUGAUGGUGAAGAUUUGGAAGAUGAAGAUAUUGAGGAUGAUUAUUCAGAUGAUGAUGAUAUGAGUUGGAAGGUUCGGCGAUCAGCUGCUAAAUGUUUGGAAGGUAUAAUUGUAACCAGAAAGGAUUUGAUUGCAGAUAUGUAUAGAAAUGUUUCAAAAUCAUUGAUUCAGAGAUUUAAAGAAAGAGAAGAAAAUGUUAAAAGUGACAUAUUACAUGUGUACAUGGCAUUGUUGAAACAAACAAAGUUGACAAGUAGUAAUAUGACAGCUGAUAUGGCUGAUGAAGAUUCAGCUAUGUAUCUUCUUCAAUCCCAAGUUCCUGCAAUUGUUAAAGCUAUACAUGCUCAAAUGAAAGAACGGAGUGUUAAAACUCGUACUGAUUGUCUGGCUUUGUUGAAAGAGCUUGUCAUUGUUCUUCCUGGUGCUCUUACCAACCACAUAGGAACUUUAAUUCCUGGAAUUCAAUAUUCCUUAAGUGACAAAAAGUCUAGUAGUAACAUGAAAAUUGAUACAUUAUCAUUCAUUCAUUGUGUGUUGACAUCACAUGCUCCAGAAAUCUUUCAUCCCUGGGUAGAACAAUUAAUUCCACCCAUUAUAACUGCUGUUGGUGAUCCAUUUUAUAAGAUAACAGCAGAAGCACUCAUUGUUCUACAAGAAAUAGUCAAAGUCAUUCGUCCAUUAGAUAAUAAACUUGAGUUCAAUUUUGUGGCAUACGCUGUACCAUUGUAUAGUUGUACAUACUCACGUUUGAAAACAUCAGAUAUUGACCAAGAAGUAAAGGAACGCUCAAUUUCUUGUAUGGGACAAAUAAUAUGCAAUUUAGGUGAUGUAUUACAAAAUGAGUUGCAAGUGUGUUUACCCAUAUUUUUGGAUCGUUUGCGCAAUGAAAUUACUAGACUUACAACUGUUAAAGCACUUAUUAAAGUUGCUGGAUCACCAUUGAAAAUUAAUUUAUCUUCUAUUUUGAGUGAUGGUGUACUAAUUUUGGCAUCAUUCCUUCGAAAAAAUCAGAGAGCAUUGAAAUUGAGUACCUUAACUUUGCUUAAUAUGUUGCUAAAUAAUUUCCAUGCUGAUUUUUCUGCUGAAUUAUUAAAUAAGAUACUUAUUGAAUUACCACAAUUAAUUAAUGAAUCAGAUUUACAUAUUGCUCAGCUAACACUUUCUUUAUUAACAACAAUAAUAAAAAUCCAACCAAUGGCUAUGUCAUUCUCUGCCAACAUUAUUAUGCCAGAAGUUAUGACUCUAACUAAAUCUCCAUUACUGCAAGGUGCAGCCUUGAAUGCUAUUUUAUUAUUCUUCCAAACUCUGGUUGCUACAAAUGUUCCUCAGUUUGGAUACCAAGAGCUAGUAACACUUUUAAUAUCACCGUUGAUGGCUCAGCCUGUAGGCACUCCAACUUUAACGCUACAUAAACAAGCUUACCAUUCGUUAGCAAAGUGUGUAGCAGCACUGACAGCCACACAGCCACUUCAAGCAAUGGGUAUUAUAAACAGUUUCAUGUCUGAAUUGAUUAAUCCAUCUAAUGACCAACAACGUAUUUUUUCGUUGCUAGUAAUUGGUGAAGUUGGUAGACAUAUAGAUUUAAGUUCUGUGGUUAACUUGAAGGAAACUAUAUUACAAUCAUUCUCGUCUAAUUCUGAAGAAAUAAAAUCAUCAGCAAGUUACAGCUUAGGUAGCAUUUCUAUUGGAAAUUUAGAGCAAUAUAUACCUUUCAUAUUAAGAGAAAUUGAUAUGCAACCUAAACGUCAAUAUUUACUAUUACAUUCCUUAAAAGAGAUUAUCACAUUUGAGUCAUCUACUCCUAAUGGCAUUGAAAAUCUGAAACCUUUUGUCCCGGCUAUUUGGAACCAAUUAUUUAAACACUGUGAAUGUAUAGAAGAAGGUUCACGUAAUGUGGUUGCUGAAUGUUUAGGAAAACUUACAUUAAUCGAUCCAUAUAAUUUAUUGCCAAAUUUGCAGUCAUCAUUACCAUCGUCAUCUGCACUAAUGAGAACUACAUUAUUAACAGCUGUUAAAUUCACUAUAUCUGAUCAACCGCAACCAAUAGACAUGUUGCUUAGACAGAAUAUGGAUCAGUUUUUGAGUGCUCUUACUGAUCCAGAUAUAAAUGUUAGGCGAGUAACAUUAAUUGCUUUUAAUUCAGCUGCACAUAAUAAGCCAUCUUUGGUCAGGGAUCUACUCGACACUGUACUUCCUAAAUUGUAUGCAGAAACAAUUGUUAAGAAAGAACUUAUACGAGAGGUAGAAAUGGGUCCAUUUAAGCAUACCGUUGAUGAUGGGUUAGAUAUAAGAAAAGCAGCCUUUGAGUGUAUGUAUACAUUGUUAGACUCAUGUUUAGAUCGCUUAGAUAUAUUUGAAUAUCUUAACUAUUUGGAGAAUGGACUACGUGAUCAUUAUGAUAUUAAAAUGCUUACUUAUCUGAUGGUUUCAAGGAUGGCUCAAAUCGUACCCAGUGCUGUAUUGCAAAGGUUGGAUAAAAUUGUUGAACCUUUAAAACAAACAUGCAUGUUAAAAAUUAAAGCCAAUUCUGUGAAACAAGAAUUUGAAAAAAUGGAAGAACUGAAAAGAUCUGCUAUGCGAGCAGUUGUUAAUUUACAAACUAUACCUGAUGCCAGUAAAAAUCCACAUAUGAGCGAUUUUGUGUGUCAAAUUAAAAGCUCUCCCGAGUUAAAUAAUAUUUAUGAAACAAUUCAGAGAGACACAUUAGGGUUGGUAACAGAUAGUUAUACCAUACCUAUGGAGAUUUGCGAAUAAUUAUGAUAAACAUUAGAAUAUUUAUGUCCUACUACAACAGUAAUUGAAUUGGUUUCUACUAAUAUGUUAAUACAAAUGAAAUCAAGAACUUUGUAUAUAAUAAUUUGUAUGUGUAUAGGCAAGAUUUAAUUUAUACUAUUUCUGUAAAUCUUAUGAGUUCAUUUCUAAAAAUUAAUUUUAAUCUUACAAAUAAUAAAUAUUAUCUACACUUUUUUUUUUACUCAUUUAAAUGAAUAAAGUUAGUAAUAAUUGUAUUAUUAACAGUACCAUAUUUAUUGAUCAUAAUAUUGGUAUAAAAGUUUUUCAGAUAAUAUCAAAAUAUUAUUUCAUUUGAAUUAUAUUGUAUUCCACUAAACAAAGUAUCUAUUACUAUUUUUACUGUAGUUUUUGCAUAUUUUUUAUACUACAGAUCACACUUAGCAUACUACAUGUGAAUACUAAGUUUGUUUUUUAGUAAUAAAUAAAAAUAUGUUUAUCAAAACCAAACUUAAAUAGUACUUUUUUAGUUAAAUUUUUAGGUGAUAUUAAAUUUUAUUAUUAUUAUCAUAGAUUGCUGGUGGUAAGUAUAAAAAGUUGAUCACUUAUACAAACAAUCUAAAGAUUUCCAAACAAAAAAUAAACAAAUUUGUUAUCCUCUAUUUAAAUAUUCAAUUUCAUCAAAAUUUAAGCUUUAAAUACUUUAAUUAAAAAAUGAUGCAUAUAUGUUUUAAAAUGUUUGAAGGUAACUGUAUCGUAAACAAUCUAUAUGUAUGUGAUCUACCAAGAACUAAAAACUAUUAGUUUACUCAACAUUUUAAAGUAAAAUAUUAAUUAUUAAUUUAUAGAAAAGCAUGAUUGCCAUGUUACCGUAUGAAAAUUAUACCAUUCAUAGAAAAUAAAAUAAACACUUGUGAGUAAUUAACAUAAUAUUAAUUAUUUUGUUGAACAAUCUUUUUAGAUUUUGAGCAGAGUGAUGAAUGUUGAAUGUAAUAAUUUUACUAUGAUAUGUUUCCUUUUAUGUCUGUAUUCAUGGAAGUCAUAAGUAAGUAACCUAUAUAGUCAAUGAUAGUUACUAUGGUUAUUUAAAUUUAGAUAGUAUCCUUUCAGAAUCGUUUUUCAAUGUAUACAAUGAGUGUAUCAUUGAAUUUAAAUUCAAUAAAAUGCAUUAUAGUGAUUUAUUCAACAACGAGUUCCGCUCGACAUCCAAUGUACUGCAGAUCACGAUACCCACUUCGGAAGUGGCACCUGGCUGCCUACCUUUUUAUACAUAAUUAUUCAAUAUUUUUAAAGAUGUUUGAAAUGUCUUCAUUAUUAAUUCAAUUAUAGGUUAUAUAGUUUUUGUACACAGAAUUUAAGUGCAUUUUCCAAAGUUUCUGUUUCAAUCUUGAAUGUUUCGUUAAAUUUUGUUAAAAUUUUCAAGAUCCAAGAGAGAUAGAUAGUUAUUAUGAAAUUCAUAUUAUAUUAUGAAAAAUCACAUUAAAAUCUAGUUAAAUUUAAACAAUUAAUGUGAUUUGUUAUUGUACCUACUUAACUAGUGUACAAUAUUAUUUUCUAAAUUAAACCUAUAAAAUAUAUCUUGGAACUGAAUUAUUUUGAUUCUUUUCUUGUAGAAAGUAUUGAAAGCAACUUUAUAAGAGUAAAGUAUUACUUUUGUGUUAGCGCCUAGCCCUUAGGUAACUUAUAAUUUUGUUUAAACAUUAAUAUUAUACAUACUUAAUAAUGAUUUUAUCAAGUAUUGUGGCUCCCGAUAUAAAACGUACUUCGAGUCUCUGGUGCUCUGGACUAUCACUACGCAUAUAGGCGUGGGGGGUGCCUGGGCACCCCCCGACUCUUCACCCAAAACAGGAAGGAAGGGCCCUAAUUAUUAUUAUUAAUUUAGUGUACAUUUUAAAUCUUGAAAAAUCCAAUCAUCAUUAUAAGAGAUUGUAUAUGUAUAUUGUUAUGUAAUAUUUAUUACCAUGAAUGAAAUAAAAUAAUUUUUAAUGCAUUUUAUACAUAUAUUUGCUGCACCUAUAAUGGCUUCCAAAAUUAUUGUGGCCCCUAAUUGUUAGUGUGCCCCCCCGGAUUAGAUUAGGUUAGGUAACCCCCGGAACCAAAAGUCUGCGCACGCUUAUGUGAUACUAUGUAGUCCGUAUUUACAAUACGCCACUGCUUAAGUCUUACGAGUAUUCAUUACUCAUUAGUAUUGUAUAUUUGUAUCUAAUAUAUCUACUUAUUGGUUUUACUAGGUACUGUGUUUCUUUAUUUCAUCUAUUUUCUUCUUAAACUGGCUUAAAUCCGGCGUACAAUCAUACUUAAUACCUGGAUAUUACGUGUAGGUAUGGUUUAAAACAAAUGUUUUCGUUAAAAAAUAUAAUAUUAUACAUUUUAUCUAAUAAAAAAUAACAACGUUGGUAUAGUUUAUAUAAUAACAAUAUAUUUAUUUUAUUGUGUUACAAUAUAUAUUAUAUAUUACGUACAACUAUAGACGUUUGCAACAAUAAAUAUAGGAACUAAGAGAAAAUAAAAUGUUAUAAAAAAAAAAAAAAAAUUCACUUAUAAAAGUUAAUAUCGAUCUGCUCAGAAGACGCAUGGAUAAUAAUAAAAUAGAGAUUACGUUAAAAAAAAAAAAAAA